CUCUCUUUUUUAAAUAGCGCGCCUUAUUUGAAAAGAUUGCAGAAUUUUAUCACACUGAAACAUCAAAUUAUGCAACUACAAAAAAGAACAGCGGAAAAAACAGAACGAAUAAAGCUGACCCUCAUCGCUUACAAAGAUGGCGGAUAUAUUAAUUAUUCCUUCAUUCUGAUUGGUCGCUAGGUAACUGCCGCGACUACGAAAUCGAGUUGAGUUUUACUGUAGGCGAGAUCUAUGCAGACACCGAAUGGCUCGCAGGCUUUGCUGAACUAUAUACUGGCAUGUUCGGGAGAUUAAGUCUUAUGAACAUUCGAGUCAUAUGGAGCAGUACAGUAUUAUUGGUCGUAUUGGUGAAGGUGCUCAUGGAGUUGUUUUAAAGGCUAAGCAUAUUGAGAGUGGAGAACUUGUUGCCCUGAAAAAGGUUCCUUUGAGAAAACUUGCUGAUGGAAUUCCUAACACAGCACUUCGAGAAAUAAAGGCUCUACAGUUUAUUGAGUCCAGCCCGUACGUUGUCCAUCUACGAGAAGUUUUUCCUCAUGGUACUGGUUUUGUUCUUGUCUUUGAGUACAUGGUUACGGAUCUUAGUGAGGUUAUUCGGAAUUCGGAACCUCCUCUUACUGAAGAACAGUCUAAAUGUUAUAUGUUAAUGAUACUAAGAGGAGUUGAAGUCAUGCAUGCUAAUGGGAUUAUGCACAGGGACCUCAAGCCUGCCAAUCUGUUGAUUAGUGCGGAGGGGGUCCUGAAAAUAGCUGACUUUGGUCUUGCAAGAGUUUUCGAGAAUAAUAAUGAGCGACUAUACAGCCAUCAAGUGGCUACAAGAUGGUAUCGAGCACCUGAAUUGCUAUACGGAGCUAAAAAGUACACAAAUAGUGUUGAUUUAUGGUAUAUCAAUUAUAAUUUAUUCGGUUUUAGGGCUAUCGGUUGUAUAUUUGGCGAAUUACUUAACAGUUCUCCAUUGUUCCCGGGAGAAAAUGAUAUUGAACAACUUUGGUUUGUUGUACGUGUUCUUGGGACUCCGAACGAAGACAUAUGGCCUGAGGUUAAAGAACUACCUGAUUAUAACAAGAUAAGUUUUAACCUGUGCGAAACCAUCCCAUUUGAAGAAGUCCUUCCAGACGCAUCAGUUGAAGCCGUUGCUCUUGUUAGUAAAUUCUUGGUGUACCCACCCCAUCAAAGAAUUACGGUAUCCGAAGCAUUGAAAGAUCCAUAUUUCACUACGGAUCCACUACCAGCUCAGCUUUCGGAACUCCCCGUGGUUACUCCGCAUCCUAAUACGCUGCCACAUCCUCAAGAAACUUAUGAAGUUUGUCUUACAACUCCUUUGGAGUCGAUUCUUCGUAAUCAUGAAUUACUGAAGGAAGGUGUGAAGUUACUGGAUGAUGAAUUAAGGAAUUCUUUGGACGACUCAACAGGUGUUACUCGCAUGUGAUCAAAUUAGAUAGUCGUUGCUUUUUUGAUUAAUAAUAAUCAAGUGAACAAUUGUACCUCGUCUUUCUAGUAUAUGUGACUGCGUUAUUGAUAAUGAUUUUUCGUGUGAAUAAUCUAAUAAUUACCGAUUAUUUUCAAAAUUUCUUUAGACUUUUUUCGUAAAUAUAAACUAUUAUAGAUUUUUAGUAUUGGAAAACCUUGUAUAUACCGGGUUCUUAGAAUAUGAAAGGUAUAAUGAUGAAGAGUACAUUUCACCUUG